AAUCAACCACGAUGAUUUCUCCACUGCUCAUUUUGCUGUCAAGUUUUCUUUGCCAUGUUGCCGUUGAAGGAAAGUCCUGUCCCAAACCAGAUGAUGUACCCUUUUCCACAGUCUCUCCCUUGAAAACAUCCUAUGAGCCUGGGGAACAGAUAAAAUACAUCUGCAAGCCAGGCUAUGUGUCCCGGGGAUUAAUAACCCCAAUUACCUGUCUUAACGUGGGGGUAUGGACGGUGACAACCAUGAGAUGCGUGCCGAGAGUAUGUCCUUUUGCUGGAAUAUUGGCAAAUGGAGUUGUACGUUAUACAACUUUCGAAUACCCCAACACCAUCAGCUUUUCCUGUAACCCUGGGUUUUAUUUGAAUGGAACCAGUUCUUCUCAAUGCACUGAGGAAGGAAAAUGGAGUCCGUCACUUCCUGUCUGUGCUCCCGUGACCUGCCCUCCGCCACCCGUACCCAAGCUUGCAGUCCUUAAACUCUACAAGCCAUCAGCUGGGAAUAACUCCUUCUUUGGGGACACAGCAGUCUUCGAAUGUUUGCCACACUACGCAAUGUUUGGAAAUGAUACAGUUACCUGCACAACGCAUAGAAACUGGACUGAAUUACCAACAUGCAGAGAAGUAAAAUGUCCAUUCCCAACAAGACCAGACAACGGCUUUGUGAAUUACCCUGCAAAACCAGUGCUUCAUUACAAAGAUAAAGCGACAUAUGGUUGCCAUGACAAAUUUACUCUGGAUGGCCCAGAAGAAGUAGAAUGCACCAAACUUGGAAACUGGUCUGCACAGCCAAAUUGUAAAGCAUCUUGUGAAUUAUCUGUUAAAAAAGCCACUGUGAUAUUCCAAGGAGAAAGAGUUAAGAUCCAAGACAAAUUCAAAAAUGGAUUGUUACAUGGUCAGACAAUUUCUUUCUAUUGCAAAAAUAAGGAAAAGAAAUGUAGUUACACAGUGGAUGCUCAAUGCAAUGAUGGCAACAUUGAAAUUCCCAAAUGCUUCAAGGAACACAAGUCUUACGCUUUCUGGAAAACCGAUGCAUCAGAAGUGAAGCCAUGCGAGGAUGCUUUACAACAUUAAAUGGCAUACUAGUAUCUGUGGUCAUCUAAAGAACCUAAUGGAAAGUAGAAAAUAAAGUUACUGGGUGUCUUGCCUCA